AUGUCAGAAGGCGCUUUAAGCAUCUCGUUAGGUGGAUCCGUGCAUUUCAGUGCACAUCAUAACUCUGCCUAUCACGACGAACACUUGGACGAUAAGAAACUAAAUGCCGAGGGCCUAUUCCGCCCAUUCGGUGGUUCUGCUGUACCUUCGCACAGGGGCUAUCAAGGCGAGGAGAACCUGGACAUUAGCAUCGUCGGGGCGUUCCGAGAGUACAUGACGGCCUCCCAUCAUACGUUGGAAAAGGGAUUCCGACAAUGGAUGGAGGCUCAAUACCGUUCGAGGACUCCCGCUGCAGUGGGCCGCUGCACUGAGCCCCGAGACCCUUCUCAGAUUUGGGACACCCGCGAGCCCGCACAUUCACAUGAUGAGCUGCAGUACCCUCAAGGAGGACCGGAAGAAAUGCGACACGAAAACGUAACGUUCUAA